AUGGCGGUAACGGACAUCACGGGACAAUGGCUGCAUGUGUGGAUUUCUUUUUGUCUGGCGUUGCUAAUUGUUACUCAUUUGGAAGGAAUCUCUGCGCAAAUACGAUACUCAAUUCUGGAGGAAUCAAAAUCGGGCACGGCAGUUGGAAAUGUAGCCAAAGACCUUGGAUUAGAUCUUGGGAGCCUGGCGGAUAGGAAUCUUCGUGUCGUGUCAGGAACAAAGCAGGAUCUGUUUAAGGUAAAUCCGAGAGAUGGAGUUUUGUUAGUGAACCAGAAAGUAGACAGAGAAGACCUGUGUGGAAACACGGUUCCGUGUGUCACAAACCUGAAAGCAGUGAUAGAAAACCCUCUGGAAAUGCAUCAAGUAAUAGUUGAAAUACUCGAUGUAAACGACAAUGCACCUAAAUUUCCCGAGGAAAACUACACAUUAGAGGUGCUGGAAUCCGCCAUAGUUGGAUCCCGAUUUCAGAUGGAAGGGGCACACGAUUUAGAUGUUGGACUGAAUUCCUUACAGUCGUAUAAACUAAACCAUAACCCAUAUUUUCGCUUGGAAACUGAGGAAUUUGGGGAGGAUGGAAAGGUUCCCUUCCUUAUACUACAGCGACCUUUGGAUAGAGAACACACUACUCAACACUGGUUACUGUUAACAGCUGCUGAUGGAGGUAAACCAUCCAAAUCUGGUACUAUUAAUAUCACUGUUGUUGUAUCGGAUGUAAAUGACAACUCACCAGUGUGUGACAGACAGAAAUACACUAUUACGGUAAAGGAAAACGCACCUGCAGGUACAUUUCUCCUGACAAUAAAUGCAUCUGACUCGGAUGAUGGGAUGAACGGUGAGAUCGAAUAUUCUAUACGGAGUAAACUAAGAGGACUCUCAUCUGAGCCCUUCGAUUUAAAUAGUAGAAGUGGCAAACUGACUGUGAAAGAAGGCCUUGAUUUCGAGGAAAAGCAAAUCUAUGAGAUUAAGGUACUGGCUGCAGACAAAGGUGUCGUGUCUUUGUCCACACACUGCAACGUGGUUGUUAGAGUUGAAGACGUGAACGAUAACCAACCUGAAAUCGACAUCACAUCCCUCUCAAGUCGCAUUCCAGAGGAUGCACCUCCUGGCACGGUGGUGGCGUUGGUGGGAGUGACGGAUCAUGACUCAGGUGUGAACGGACAGGUGGUCUGCAGUGUGCCGGGUCACCUGCCUUUUGACUUAAAGCCAUCCCCAGAUGGACAGUCAUACUCAUUGGUUACCAUAGACAACCUAGAUAAGGAGACAAUACAUAUGUAUAAUAUUACAAUAACGGCUAAGGAUUUAGGGACACCUACUCUGUCAUCCACAAAGGUGAUAAAAGUAGAUGUACUAGAUGUUAAUGAUAAUAGUCCUUUGUUCACUGAAAGCCCAUACACUUUUUAUGUGCUUGAAAACAACAAGCCUGGGACAUCAGUUUUUUCAGUGAGCGCGGCUGAUGCUGAUUCAGAUGAAAAUGCGGCAGUAACAUACUCACUCGACCAUAAACGUCCAGGACCCACUGUGACUUCUUUUUUAAAUAUAAAUGAAGUCAGUGGCACCAUUUCAGCGCUGAAAAGUUUUGACUUCGAAACUCUGAAAACGUUCCACUUCCAAGUAGUGGCCACAGAUUCUGGAACUCCGUCACUAAGCAGCAACGUCACAGUGAACGUGUUCAUUCUGGAUCAGAACGACAACGCUCCAGUCAUCCUGUAUCCAGUCAGCUCCAACGGUUCUGCUGAAGGUGUGGAGGAGAUUCCCCGCAAUGUCAACGCAGGACACUUGGUGACUAAAGUCAGAGCCUAUGACGCUGAUAUAGGAUAUAACGGCUGGUUACUGUUUUCACUGCAGGAAGUUACUGACCACACUCUCUUUGGUUUGGACCGCUAUACAGGACAGAUCAGAACACUUCGCUCAUUCACAGAGACAGACGAGGCUGAGCAUAAACUGGUCAUACUGGUGAAAGACAAUGGCAACGUUUCACUCUCAGCAACAGCUACUGUGAUUGUCAAAGUUGUGGAGCCCAAAGAAGCUUUUGCAGCUGCUGAUGUUACCAGCGAGGCAAACAAUCAAGGAGAAAAUAAUGUUGUAUUUUACUUGACAAUAACUUUGGGCUCAGUGUCUGUACUUUUUCUCGUCAGUAUCAUUGUUCUGAUUGCAAUGCAGUGCUCCAAAACCACAGACUAUUCCUCAAAGUAUUUACAAGAUGCUAAUUACGACGGGACACUGUGUCACAGCAUCCAGUACAGAUCUGGAGACAAACGCUACAUGUUAGUUGGACCCAGGAUGAGUAUAGGAUCUACUAUUGUUCCGGGCAGCCAUGCAAAUACGCUAGUGCUCCCCAACAGGAGGCGGGCAUCAGAAGAGGCCCUACCCAUCUCUGGAUCAUCUCUGAUGUAG